GUCUUUCAAAAAUCCAAUUCCGAAUUACUUGUUGUUUUCACCUUUUCCUUCUUCUUCUUUUUAACCCACAGUUUCUUUGAAAAGAUUAUAUUUUGCAGUUUGCAAGAUCUAGGGUUCUUCGUCAAUCAAAAUUUUGAGUAGACUGAACACAUGGAUAUUCCUCAAGAAAUCGACGAUUACAUAAAAGGAACGAUCGAUGAUUCCUUAGGUCUUCAAGUCUCCACGGAAUCUUUGCAAUUGAAGCUCCGUACCUCCGAAGAAACUCAGCGCCGCCUCCGCGAGAAGUAUCUGUUCCUUCUCUCAAAACUAAAAGAGAAAGAUCAAGUAAUCGAGCAAUCAAAGGCGGAAGCGAAUAUGAAUGCAGUGGCGUUGAAGAGAUUCGUGCAAGAGAAUCAGAAGCGAGCGGCAGAGUGUGCGAAUUUUUUGACCCAGUGUAACAAAUGGGAAAGAGAGUGUUUGCUUUAUGACCGUGAUAGGGAGGCGUUGAUGGAUUUUGGCAAUGAGGCUGAUGAGAGGGCAAAGAAAGCUGAGGUUAGGGUUCAUGAAUUGGAAGAGGGCUUGGGGAAGUUAAAUGAAGAAUUAAGGUUCUACAAAAACUGUUAUGAGAGCCAAGGGCUUGAUUCAUCUUGUGAGGGCACAACAGUUGAAGAGAAUUUACUUGAUUCAGUUCUAGCAACAUUGGUUUGUAAAGAUGAAGUUACAUCCGGACGUGCUUUCUUGGAGGCAAAUACUUCCCCUGAAUCAUGCCAAAGGUUGCUUAAAAUGUGGAAUAGGUUGAGGCCUUCAACUCAAAAAAUUUUGUCACUAGCUGCUGAAGUAAAGACCCAUAAGAAAGACAAGGAACAUCUCUGGCUAAACCUUAGUAAAGCUGAAGAAGAGGUGAAAGUUCUGUUUGAAGAAAACAGCAUAUUGGAUGAGGCGAACCGAAAAUUAUUGAGGCAAUCCCGUGAAGGAAAGAACCUCCAUGAUUCUGGUGGGAAGCAUACUGGCAGUGCAUCUGCAAAGACAAACAAAAGAAAAUUGAGUCCCGAGAUAUGCAGCCCGAUUGAGAAGAAGAUUAACUUUACCGAUCCAGAUUCAGCAAGAAAACCUCUGUCACCAUUGCAAGAUAGGACCUAACUUAUUGUCCAUUGAUUAUUCUUUGUAUCAAUGGUGGUGUUUUAAGUAGAUUUACAGAGAGCUUUUCUGAAGCUACAAUCUAUGUAGUUUGUUAGUUAUAUAGUUUCAAACACUGGAAUGAAAUUCUUAAUCAUUUUCAUCA